CAUAGACCCUUUGAAACCCCAUUCUAUAAAAGGCAGCUCUCAGCCCUUGUCCUAUGCAAUGAGUUUUAGUUUGGAUUUGAUUGCAAAUAGGAACGUACUUAUAACAUCAAGAUGGAUUUGAGGAUGUUUGCCGCUUGUUUGAUAAUGACUGUCUUUUUAAUCAAGCAUUCUGACGCGGUCACUGGAUGGACAGGCAAGCAGUCUGACGGUACUACAGACAUAAUCUUUACUUCUUCGAGUCUCGCUGCUGGGACAUCCGCUGAUGAUACUAAUACAGCGUUCACUGUGAAAGAGAGUACAACAGGGACCCUGUUCACAUUAACUGCAACCGGUGGAACCGAUCCUAAAACCUACGCUUUUACAACUGACGGUAACCCAAGCAGCAUUGCUAGUGACACAAUCACAGCAGGGGCUGUCACUCUCGCAACAGGAAAUGCACUAGACUACGAAACAACGACGUCAUACGUUUUCAAAGUUGUGGCAACCGAUAGUGCAACUCCACCUGUAAUUGGAACAGCUGAAAUUACAAUUAACAUCGGUGACGUUACUAUGUGGACUUCGACAGGCUACACCGUAUGUUUGACCGCAACUUCGGUGACAGCAGGGACAAGCAUUGGCACAUUCGCUUCCACGGAUGCCCUGAGUACCCAAACGGUUGCAUACACGAAUACUGGUGGUAACGACAUGGCCAAGUUUGCUAUUGAUGGCACUUCUGGAGCUUUGACCGUGGCAACAUCGCAGACGCUGGAAACUUCCACUAAAUAUGUUUACGACGUGAUAUUGACCGCAACUGUUGCUUCCGUUGAUCCUGGAACCACAACCGUCUAUGUAGUAUUGGAUUGCUCCUGCUCCAGCGGGGCCGGACAGAUAACUGCUCUCCUUGGCGUUCUACUCCUGUCUGUGCUAGCAUCUCUAUAUUGAUCGACAAAUGAACAAAAGACCAGAACAACAUUUUCAAAUCGGAACGUACUUCAGAACAUUAGAAACAAAUGUGUUUGUAAACAUAUAUGUAUUUAUCUUUGAAACAUUUAACUAUUUGCCUUUUUUAUUAAGUAAUAUGUUGAUGGGAUAAGAACUCACUACAUAAUAUUAUCGUAUGUAGUUCAUACAGAAUAGGGUAUUGUCAGAAAUUAUACCAAGAAAUGACACUUACGCUUUCGUACUCAAUUUUAAUAAUACAAAUCCUUGUUAAUGAUGUGUUAUAUAUAUCGUCACCACAUUGUUUGUGAUACAAGGCUGUUAAAGCCAUGGACACCGAUGUCGGUUUGAUGUAUUAUGUUGUGUAUGAAAUGGUUGUCUGGAAUACAUAUGAAUCACAUAUUAACUAAAGAAAAUGAUUCUACUGAAUAGUUCUUUUCUUCAAUUUUUAAUUUAGUCUUGUAUGAGAUUAAUUCGUCAGAGUGUAUACAAUGGACAAAAAGUAAAUUAUUCACUCAAAUGCACUUUUACAUUUGUUCCAGACAAAAAAAGUUAAACGUUUUGUUUUCUUAUUUGCGUGCAUGCUUUACAUAUUAAUAAUGACUGAUCCUAUAUGAUAUUCCUUCGGGUUUUGAAAACGGAUCAUUCAUUACUCCUUUAUUCUAAAAUCUAACAAAUCAACAGUGCAUUAUCUUAAGACACUUUUUGGUGGACGAUUUUCACUUCACACAUGCUGUGUCUGUAUUUGCAUGAUUUACGACAAAAUAAUGGCGAUGACGCUUUUCAAAUGCAAAUGUAUAUUAAACACAUAAAGUGUAAUGCAAUGUUCUUGUUGGAAUAAAAAUAGUUGACUUAGAAUUAUUUGUUACUAU